CGUGAUUCAAGUGCUCAUGAGCAUCCACACACACCCUUUUGACCACCGACUACUCUCCUCUCCCAUACUUGUACUGCUUGUAGAGGUACCCCUCGCUGUGCCUCCGAGGUGUAUCACACCUCUGCCUUGGCUUCGCGCCAGGGCGAAAAGUAGCACAUCGCCUAGACCCACCAGCAGCGCUUUCGCAACCUUUCCCUCAAGCUAGCGUUGAGUCUCGCACCAAGAUUUCACAUCAUCUCCUCCAGGCGACCCAAGUGCACGCGAGCUCACCAUGUGUGCAAAUGUGCCGAGUGCUGCACCCUCGAGCGCUUCUGCCAGUGGACAAGGCGGUCGCCAGGGCGUGAUGGACGGGGAAGGCACAGCAGCCGAACAGCCACCUGAUGAUACAAAUUCGUCGCAGACUACGGAGCAUCUUGGCCGUAUGACCUUACAACAUGUCAACAGCGCGGACAUGCCAGAUGGACUUUCCGCAGAGCUGGGGCUCAGUGCGGCCGAGCUGGAAGAGACUGCGGCUGCUGUGCUGGCUGCUCAGCAAACAACCUUGUCAGACGAACAACAGGGUGGGCAGAUCAUCGAUGCUAGCAAGGCCGGACAACUCAGCACCAGUCCUUUUGGAUCUUCAUUCCACUCGGCCAUGACUGGCUCUUUGCCAAACGUGAUCAGCCCCACGGGCGAGACGAAUCUUUCAGCCAUAGCUGACCCUGCGACGGAUGGCCACUCGCUUAGUGCAUCGCACCAUUCGAAGAAGCUUCAGCCUGAGCGCCAUAUGUGGUCCAAGGAAGAAACUCAAGCAUUGGUAGAUGGUUGUAACGCUCACGGCGUCGGCAAUUGGAAGGCGAUACUUUCAGACCCCAAAUUCAGCGGACGCUUUGCUGGUCGUUCUGCCGGAGAUCUCAAGGACAGAUUUCGCACGUAUUUUCCAGAUGCGUAUCACGACAUGUAUCCCAAUGCCAAGACGCAUACAAGCAAGGCGGUCCGCAGCAAAGCUGCAGACGGAACGAGUAUCUUCGAAAAGGGAAAGACGAAGGAACGUCGACCCUUUAGCGCUGCUGAGGACGAGGUGCUGAAACGCGGCUAUGCACAGCAUGGCUCUCACUGGGCUACGAUUGCUCGCGACGCGGUUUUCGAAGGGCGGAGAAAAUCAACAGAUCUCAGAGAUCGUUUCCGCAACGCAUUCCCCGAGCUGUACGAGCAAGCGGGCUACAAGCCUCGGUCCAAGUCUGGGAAGAAAGACAGGCGCCCGAGUCAUGGAGCCCUUCAUUCCGAUUCGAGCAUGUCCAUGAGCAUAUCGGCGGCACUUGAGCAAGCAAAUGGAGAUGGUUCGGAUGCGAUGCGCGCCACUCGCGUUGCACCUCCCCCCAGCGACACUAGCGCUACAUCGCACUCUCAGUGCGCGAGCGGGGAUGUCAGCCAUAGCGAAUUGGAGACGAGCGAGGGAGAGAUGAGCGACGCGUGGGAGAGACCUGCGGGCGAGCCUGUCCUCGCACGAAGACUGAUGGAUCAACAUCGCGCACAGCAAGAGCAGCGUCGUCAACAGGAGGAGCAACGCGCAGCUGUUAGUCGAUCUUCGUCGUUCAACGACGGCUCGUCUCGUCUUGGAUCGGGUCUUCGCUCAGUCUCACGGGACACUGGCGCCCUUCAAGUCCAGCAAAGGGAGCAUGCCGCAAACCCAAAUGCUCCUUCUUCCAGCAGCAGUAGCAGUGCUAGCGGUAUGAAUCCGAAUGUGCAACCACUUCGACCAGACGGUGGUCUACGACGAACGCAAAGCUCAAAGCGCGCAAACCCAAAGAUCAGCCAUUUUGAGGGCAUGCCCUCAUCGACUGCUCUGCAGCAGCAGCAGCGCACUCAUCAACAUCAUCACCAACAGCGCUUGAUUCAAGAACAAAAGUAUCCCCAGCCCAUCCCGCAUUAUUUUGGCACCAGAUCGCAAGACCCCAACACGGCUCAAAUGCACCCUUCUUCCAACGAGGUUCCUACGAGUAGACCUCCUUUGGAGCAUAGCUUGAGCUCUGGACAUGCGCCUCAGUAUGCCUGGCAAGGCGAAAGCGAGGGGCAGCCUUCGGCUUCAUCAUCAUCGUUGGAUGAGAUGGACUUGGACCAGUUGAAUGCUCUGCUCGGUCAGCCUUCUUCCUCAACAACGCAUUUGAGUAAUGAGCGAUUUAACGGGCCACAAGGAGAUGCUAUGGACGUCGACGCUCCCACGGUAGCCAGUUCGACAGCCGCGGCGCCAGCAUCUACCAUAAGCGACGCUUCAGCAAACUCUACUGGCAGCGAUCUUUCAUCUUUGCUCACCAGCGCUGACUUGAUGCAGCUAGCUGCCAGCAGUGGUUCGAGCACGCUAGGCACGAGUCCUAGCAAGAAUGGCUUCUCGAUAGAGUCCUUCCAGGAUCUCCUCGAUCCUGUGUUGCCACCGAGCACAUCACUCUCGGAAUGGGCUGCUUCGGCUGCCUCUUGGCACCCCGUCUCUUCCUCUAGCGUCAACUCUGGCACAGCCUCGGCACCCAGCCAGACUGAGCAUAGCGCGUGGGCGGGCGAUUUGCUGCAUCGCGGUAGCGGUAACACGUCGAUCGACACUACCAUGCAGCAGCCUCAGCAACUUCAACAGAGCUACAUGACCCAGGCGCAAGGGGCGGCCGCGAAUGAUCCUGCGACCUUGCACGCGCAAUUUGAAGAUCAGCGACAGCAACAAUUUGGGCCUCCUAGCAUGAGAUCCUCUCUUGAAGCUGACUUUCAACGCACUGAUACCCAGCAAACAGCUACAGACAACGGACUUCGCACGCAUCGUUUUGAUGCUUCUGUGGCUGCGCCGCAUUCGGUCGCUCAAAGCGUUACCUCGACUCCCUCGGUACAGGAGCUCGUCAAUCGCUCCGCUUCAAGCCGUCAUAGCGGCCAGCAGGCGAACGCUGCCGCCAAUUUCCAGCAUCAGUUGCCAUUCCUACCCGCGGACCUCACGUCUAGCCACGCCAUGCAGUCGCCAUACCGUAUCAACCCUUACUACCCGGCUGACGACCUCAGCCUCACUAGUCUUGGCAGUCAGACGCUUUUCCCGAGCUUGGUCGGAGAAGCGCCUGGGCACAGGCGCAGGCGAUCCACAGACACGCUGCGUCAGAAUUUCAGCUAUGCUCAACUCGCAGUUGCGUUCGAGCCUACGCCACUCGACUUGCCGGGCUACACGCCUCAGCAGCAGUCUGACGAAGGAAUCGAAGAAGAGCCAGAGAGCGAGUCGGCAGAUUUCGACGAGUCGUCGGGCUCCGUUCGGCGCCCUUUUCAUGGGCAGUCUGCGUCCUUUUCUGGGACCUGGGAUCGCAACGUCACCAUACAACCGCGUGCCACACGGCAGCACGCUUCGGCUGACGAAAGCACUGUCGAAGACUCAUUUGGUGGUCGUCAUCUGAGCGCUUUUGAGAUCGCUGCCGCCUUUGCCGCACAGCAUGGAAACACCACGGCCUUCGACAGCGCAGCCGAGGCGGAUGCAUCUUCUAUUGGGCCGUAUGCAGAGUCCCUGCCGGAUCUUGGCCAUCCCUCAAGUAGCUCGACGUUUGACGAAAUCAGCCCGUUUGGUCUUCCUCAAACGUCGUACGACGACCUCGACCUGCCAUCUUUUCUGGGUCGCUCUCCAGCGCUCAAUCAUGCAGUGGCACCACACGCGCGGGAUGCUGCUGCUGGCGAUUCUGCAGAUGCGCCUUCGCAGUGGGUACAGAAUCACGGUCUUGGAGGACCUUCAAGCGGCGCGCUGCAAUCUGGCAGAGCGGCGAGCGAGUCACAGAUGGACAUUGAGUCCAAUCGACAAGGCUCUUGGCAGAAGGCUUGGUCGGACGUUGGCGAUGCGGCAAGCGCGGAUCCCUCGGCGUUUCAGCGGACGUUAGCAACGCAAGAAGGAGCGCGAGAUCGUGUUGCGGCUCACUUUGCCGAUCUAGAGCGCUUCGACAACUCGUCGCAGAGAUGGCUUGCCGAUCGACCGGAUGCCUCGCUGCUUCGUUCCAUCUCUACCGAUGGUCAUCCUGGCCCCAUCACGAGCACGGCUAGCGAAGCUGUACUUCCAGCAAUGUACACGGCCGGAGACUUGGACAGGCUGGAGCAUCUUUAUUUGGAAGGUCUGCACCCUGUCAGUUCGUCGACUUCACAAGGUGCUGCGAGGACGCCAGGCAAUUGGUCGAGCGAAUGGAGCAAUCAGUCGGCCAACUUCUCGAACAGCGAUGCCCAGACUGACCACGCGAAUGGUGGCGCGAACUCAUCCACCGGAGCGAGCCACAAUGGUCGAUGAGUUCUCGACAUUGUCCACUUACACUUCAAUCCUAUAUCUUCGCAGAGUCUGCUCUGUGCGAGACCCUAUCCUUGUCAUUACCGAGCCUCUCACGCACUGCCCUACAACAUUCUACUAACGGACCAUGUGCCCAUUGCUCCAUACACAUCCAUUGUACACUACUUUUCACGCAACAUUGCAAUCCAGCAUCAUAGCUCUC